UGCAACAGUCCUUGAACACAUGUUGAGUACAGACAAGAGGAGAGAGAUGCCCACGACUCUGACUGAGAUGUCAAUACACUUCCUGCUCAUUCAGACCAGCCUGAAGAACCAGAAGUAUCAUGGAAGAGAUGAGAUGGAUCAACAGGAGCUCAUGGAGUCAGAUAAGGAAAUUCUUCUGAAGCUGGGGAAGCUGGCGUUUGAAAAUCUGGAGAAGGGUAAUCUCAUGUUCUAUGAAGAAGACCUGAAAGAGUGUGGCAUUGAUGUCAAAGAAGCCUCAGUGUACUCAGGAGUGUGCACACAAAUCUUUAAAGAAGAGUCUGUGUUAUUUCAGAGAGUGGUGUACUGCUUUGUUCAUCUGAGCAUUCAGGAGUUUCUCUCAGCUGUCUACAUGUACCAUUGUUACACCACCAAGAACAUGGAUGCACUGAAGCCCUUCCUCAAGAGAAAGUCUAGAGCUGCAUCUGAAGAGCUAACCUUGCAUGAGCUGCUGAAGAGUACCGUGGAUAAAGCCUUGGAGAGCAAGAACGGACACCUGGACCUCUUUGUCCGCUUCCUUCAUGGCAUGUCACUGGAGUCCAAUCAGAAACUCCUACGAGGUCUGGUGACACAGACAGAAAGAAGUCCAGACAGCGUCAAGAAAACAAUCCGAUCCCUUAAGGUGAUGCAGAAGAAGAACAUCUCCCCUGAGAGGUGCAUCAAUCUCUUCCACUGUCUGAUAGAGAUGAAAGACCAUUCAGUACAAGAGAAAAUCCAAGCGUACUUGAGGUCAGAGAAGAGAUCCAAAAACCUCACACUUUCUCAGUGUUCAGCACUGGCCUACAUGCUACAGAUAUCAGAGGAGGUUCUGGAUGUGUUUGACCCGAAGGUAUACAAGACAUCAGAGGAGGGUUGUAGGAGACUGCUCCCAGCUGUGAGAGGCUACAGGAAAGCUCUACUCACUGGCUGUAAACUCACAGACACAUCCUGUGAAGUGUUGGCCUCAGUUCUCAGUUCAAACCCCUCACACCUGAGAGGCUGGAUCUGA